CCGGCUGUCCAUCACAUCCCUGGCUUCGAGGUAAAUGAGCUGUCCUCCAGUCUGGAUGAGUCCGCAGACUCUGACCUGCCGUACCCCCCGCCCCAGCGGGAGCCCAACAUUUACAUGGUCCCCCAAGGAAUCAAACCGGUCCUGCAGCGUACGGCCAUCGAGAUCCUGGCCUGGGGGCUGAGGAACCUCAAGAGCUACCAGCUGGCCAGCGUCACCUCGCCCAGCCUGCUGGUGGAGGGCGGAGGCCAGCUCGUGCAGUCCUGCGUCAUCAAGAACGUCAAGAAGAACCCCAACUUUGAUGUCUGCGUGCUCUUCAUGGAAGUGCGUUUGCCCAAGGAGAGCCUGUACAGCCCCCCCAUAGUCAUCAAAAUCAUCGACAACAGGCCGUUCGGCAGAAGGCCCGUGGUGGGGCAGUGCACCAUCCGCUCCUUGGAGGACUUCUACUGUGACCCCUACCGAGAAGAGACGGACGGUCCCCAGGAGCACUCAGAUGAUGUGAGCCUCACGCCCAGGGAUGACGUCCUAAUUGACAUCGAUGACAAAGAGCCUCUUAUUCCUGUCCAGGAGGAAGAAUUCAUUGACUGGUGGAGCAAAUUCUAUGCUUCCACAGGAGAGAGGGAAAAAUGUGGCUGCUAUUUAGAGAAGGGCUUUGACACCCUGAAGGUCUACGAGACGGAGCUGGAGAACGUGGAGGACUUUGAGCAUCUCUCCGACUUCUGCCACACCUUCAAGCUGUAUCGCGGCCGGUCGCAGGACUCAAAUGAUGACCCCUCGGUUGUGGGGGAGUUCAAGGGUUCAUUCAAAAUCUACCCCCUCCCGGAUGACCCACGCAUCCCGGUUCCACCUCGACAGUUCCAUCAGCUGCCAGCCAGAGGACCCCAGGAGUGUCUCGUCAGGGUCUACAUCAUCCGGGCCUUUGACCUCCAACCCAAGGAUGCCAAUGGAAAGUGUGAUCCCUAUGUGAAGAUUUCAGUGGGAAAGAAAUCCAUUAAUGACCAAGAAAAUUACCUCCCCUGUACACUGGAGCCUGUCUUUGGAAAGAUGUUUGAGCUGAGCUGCACUCUGCCCCUGGAGAAGGACUUGAAGAUCACGCUCUAUGAUUACGAUCUCCUGUCGAAAGAUGAGAAGAUUGGGGAGACCGUCAUAGACCUGGAGAACCGGUUCCUGUCAAAAUACGGGGCGCGCUGUGGCCUGCCCCAAACCUACUGCACCUCUGGACCCAACCAGUGGCGAGACCAGCUCCGUCCUUCCCAGCUGCUUCACCUCUUCUCCCUGCAACACAACUACAAGGCUCCCACCUACAAGGCAGACCGGGUCAUCUUCAGGGAGAAAGAGUAUGUCCUCUCUGAACUGG